CCUCCAAGUCUCCUGUUGACACUGGGAGCAGCAAAGCAUCCUGGGCUAUUUACUGUUCCACUGAGCGGGGGACCAAGCAGCACCACCACCACCAAAUGAUCACAAGUAUCAGCUUUUUCAUGUACAGAAUGCAUUUACAGAUAUAACCUACAAGAAAAGACCACCAAAGAUGUAAUCAGAGAAGGGGAAGAUUGACAAGCCCUGAAUAUUCACAGAGAAUUAGAAACAGAGUGGAUGAAGUAGAAGAGUGGGAAAAGGAGUGGAACAUCUGAAGGAGAUGCGACUGAUCCUCCCUCUGUAGCCAUUUGUUUCUCUUUUGCUUGACCCGUUGAUCGAUCUUCCUUCCUAAUCGUGGCUUUUGAAACUCACCUGUUGAAUGUUGGUACUGAAUGAGAGGAAGAUUCAAUUGUUUCCUGUUCCUUCUGGAAACCAUUCUGUACUGGAUACUGUUAACCUGUUUGCUGUGGAGCUUUGGAAAUCUGCUUUCCACCUGUUGAGUUGUGGCCUGCUCUUUUCAAGUAGAAUUCCAUGCAGUAUGUCACUGAGUGAAUGGGAACCUGAGGAGAGACUCUAGCUACCCUGUGCAACUAUUUUCGCCGCUGGUCCCUACUGAUCUGCCACUUUCAUGCUGAGCGUAUUGUGCUUUAAAGUGUUAAGGAAGAUGCAGAGAAGGCACAGCAGUAUCACGGAUAGCCUUCCUCCUGAAAGAAGCCGGAGUCAAACCAUCACCUCUGAGACAAGUGUGGAUGAAGGUGGAGUCUUUGAAGGCCUGAAGACAGAGCCGUCUCCUCCUCCCCAGCAGCUUUUCUCAGGACUGGGGGGCAUCCCAUCCGGAACAAUCACAGCCACCCCUUUCCAGUCCAGUUUGGUCCUGGGGUCUACAGCAGGAGGCGGGGAAGUGUUCAUUCAGAUGCCUGUGCCGCGGGAAGAAGGGGUAAGCCGUACAGAAGGAGGUCCUUACCAUCACCGCCAGCAACCCCAGCAUUACCACCACAGCCACCAGCGAGGAUCCUCCCUCCUGCACAUGGCUGGCAGCGACCGCCACGGCCAUAGCGAGGAAGGCUUUGAGGAGCAGCCUGGGACACCCGCCCCUGCCCUAUCUGAGCUGAAAGCUGUCAUCUCUUGGCUACAGAAGGGGCUUCCGUUCAUCAUGAUUCUCUUGGCUAAAGUCUGUUUCCAGCACAAGCUUGGAAUUGCUCUGUGUAUUGGCAUGGCCAGCACAUUUGCAUAUGCCAACUCAACUCUCCGAGAGCAAGUCUCCUUGAAGGAAAAGAGGUCAGUGCUGAUGGUUUUCUGGAUCCUGGCCUUCCUUGCCGGGAACACUCUAUAUUUGCUCUAUACGUUCAGCUCCCAACAAUUGUAUAACAGCCUCAUAUUCCUGAAACCUAACCUGGAGAAGCUGGAUUUCUUUGAUCUGAUGUGGAUUGUGGGGAUCUCUGACUUCGUACUCAAAUAUCUUACCAUCGCUUUGAAAUGCCUCAUUGUCGCCUUGCCCAAAAUCGUUCUGGCCGUUAAAUCAAAGGGAAAAUUCUACUUAGUCAUUGAGGAGCUGAGCCAGCUCUUCCGUUCCCUGGUCCCCAUCCAGCUAUGGUACAAGUACAUCAUGGGCGAUGAUCCAUCCGGCAGUUAUUUCCUCGGAGGGAUUCUCCUGAUCAUGUACAGUCUCUGCAAAUCCUUUGACAUCUGUGGCCGUGUGGGAAGCGUCCGGAAGGCACUAAAGUUCUUCUGUACCCCUCAGAGCUAUGGGGUCCGUGCAACUAACCAGCAGUGCAGUGAGGCGGGUGACAUCUGUGCCAUCUGCCAGGCUGAGUUCAGAGAGCCGCUGAUCCUCUUAUGCCAGCAUGUUUUUUGUGAAGAAUGCCUCUGCCUUUGGUUUGACCGGGAGAAGACGUGUCCACUCUGCCGCUCUGCGGCUGUGGAAACCUUGCGAUGCUGGAAAGAUGGUACCACCUCUGCUCAUUUCCAGACCACUUCUAUUCCCUGAUCCAUCAGCAACAGUGACAAUCCUAUGGAUAAAUACUUCUCAGAUCCUUUCCUUCAACCCGUUUUCUCUUCCUCUCGCUGCACCAUUAAUCCCGGUUUAUGCUAAGGGGCACGCACAACCCAGCAGUUACAGAAAAAAAAGAGAAAAAGCAAGGGACAAAUACAAAGAACAAGUAAGCAAGCAACCGAGUGUAGUCUAUAAUCACAAUUUUGCUGUCUUCUGUUACGGUGUAAUUAUUUUAAUUCAAGCCAGGAGUGGUACAAAACCCCUCCGAAAGCUAUUGGGGUUUGGCCACAAACCUGGAUGGCUUUAAAAGAGCAUUAGAUGAAUUCAGGGAAGAUAAUCGACAGCUAAUCAGGCUGGCUUUUAUUUUACCUUCCAGCACCAGAAGCAAGAUACUUCUUUCUGUUGGCCAGGUGCUGGGGAACGCAAAUGGGAGAGUGGCUGGAAACCUGCUGGUAUUUGUUGAGCCCAUGUCCCGACAGGGAAACAGGUUGCUGAACCUGAGGAAGCUUUGCUCUGCUCCAGCAGGGUCUUCUUAAAACAGGUCUCCUUUCUUUCAAAAGCCUUCAGUCACACAAUGGGACCUAUCUUUAAAUUUUGCUUAACAUUCUUUUCCUUCUAACAACAACAUGGAAUAACUGGGUGCACUACAGUUCAAGUAUUUCUGUUAGAAUUGUGUCCCUUCAAGUCGUUUCAAGUUACGAUGAGCUGAAGGCAAACUUAUCACCGGGACUUCCUAUGGUGACUCAAAGGCGUAUCACUGGGGAGUACAGAGUGAGCUAGUCUACCUCUGUUCUAGUUAAAGGCAUCUCUCUUUCACUUUCUUGCCAUUCUUUAUUUAGAUGUCACUUUUCUCCUAGAGUGGGACCCACGGUGGCUUCCAAAACAAUUACAAUAUUCACCAUUAAAAGUUUUUUUUAGAAAAAAAUUAAAAGUGAAUAAAACAGUGUAAACUAUAUACAGGUUUAGGGAACUGAAGAAAUAAAAUAACUCCAUAAAAAGCUCUUCUGCUCACAUGUUAAAAGCCGAUUAAUCCCUCCUGAACUGUUCAGCAUCCUUGUGCUGACAGCUAGGCACAAGUCAGUGAUCCGCAUGCUGAGCAGAGUCUGCAGAAUACAAAACGCACACAAAAUGUGCAACAUCCUUGCACAGAAAUGCUUUCAAAAAUUUAUUGAGAACUGACUGUUGACCUAGAAAUGAUACAAAAUACAGGUAUGCCUCAGUGGGCAUUACCACUUUAACAGAGAUAAAAAUAACAUGGAAAGGACAAGUUCAGCAUCUUUCAGUAUGCUGACCUUAUUCUUAAUUGAAAUCUAACAAUGUCCACAUGUGAAGUGAAGCAACUAGAUUCAGCAAGCCUUCCCUAAGAAAACAAAAGCUCAAACCAACUUGAUUAUAUAUUUUGGUCAGCAUCUGCUUUUCUUAUGAUUUCCAUUUUGGCAGCCAAACCUAAAGAUCUUUUAAAAUAGAGAUCCCUUUCUCUCUAUUUUCCAUUCAGACAUGUUCAAUAAGUGAACAUGGAAACACCUGUUGUAUCACUUGCCUGUAGUAUGCUGGCACAUACAGCUACGGCAGGAUGUGUUUUUUACUGGACAUAACACCAAAAAUCUCUGUUUAUCCUGUGUAUCUCUGCAGGCAGGUAUCUCACUUGAUACCUGAAAUAACCCUCAGAUCCCAAAGAGUUGUGCAGCCUUGCUUUAGAGGUGCCACAAAUGAAUAGAACUGACUACUGUCUACCUCUUCCAAGGACUGACUACCUCUUCCAAAGCUGUCAAAUCUUUGCCAGCCCAUCUGGGCUCCCUUUGGGACGAGAAAUGGAUGGGUCUCCUGCGAGAAAAGCUCACUGCCUCUCCCCAAGAAACAUUUUAUGUUCCUGAUUAUGCACAAUAUAUGGCACCAGAUUGAUAGGCGCCUGAAAAGCUGCUUGGAUCCAAACAGCCAAGAGGGACAGAGCUGGAAAAGGUACAGGACAGCCAUCCAAGAAAACCAUUCUGGGGGGGGGGGGGGGGGGAGAGAUCCGAUAAGAGACUACUGGAUUGAGUUCACACCAAAUUCGAUGGGAGUUUUAGCACUCAGCACUCAUAGAAUCACAGUGUUGGAAGAGUCCCCAAGGACCAGGCAGUCCAACACCAUUCUGCCCGGCAGGAAGACACAAUCCAAGCACUCCCUACAGAUAGCCAUCCAGCCCCUGAUUCAAAACCCCCAGAAAAGGAGACUCCACUAUGCAACACAAUUUUUGUUCCUGGUUACUCUAAAUGUCAUUUCCUAAUUGGUUCUAUCCUAAAAAAACAUGGGAAAAGUUUAUUAAACUGCAAAACCUUUGUUUUUGUGGACCGUCCUGCAGCACAUUUUGCUAUAGUUUUUCAAUGAAUAUCUUAUCGAGUCUCAACCAAUUCAACAUAGUUCAUGGCAGUCACAAAAACAAAAUUUCUGGAGUAGAACAAGUACUUUCAAAGUAAAAACCUCACAAUUAAACAGGAAAUAACACUUUCAAACCAGUAACAAAUAUUUUCAAAUUUUGUUACAUACAAUUCUAACAUCAGAAAAUUCUUCUCUUAGUCAGUUCAAAGCCAUGUAAUAUACGGAUAUGAAAGCACCAUGGACUAGGUCUACUCAAAGGAACACAGGACAGGGACUUUCUUGGAAGAUGCAUCCUUUGUAUUAAAAGUGAUGCUAAAACUGGGACCUCUCUUAUACAAGGGACCGCUGGAGACAUCCACAGUCAGGGUUGUUGUGAAAUUGUGCUGGGUUUUCUUCUAGCCGUUAAAGGAGCUCUCCAAAGUGCUGAAACUAUUUCUGGGACAAAAAACCAUUAGAUUUCAUCCCGGACCUCUCACUUCUCCCCCUUCAGCUUCCACAUCAAGAGAGAUAAGCGCAGCCAGUGCCAAGAACUUCCAGAAAACUUUUCCACCUUCAGGCCAGCCCUUCCCCUACCUUGAUCCUUCUAGAUAUCCUGGGCUACAACUCCCAUUCUGUCACGCUGGCUGGGGAUGACGAAACUAACCCGACAUAAUUGAAAUACAUUAGGCUGAUGUCUUCAAACUCUAUACAAUGUCACCAAACUGGUGACAACCCUGGGGUGGCAUCAUUGUCGCAAUAAAUUCAAGAAGAGAAAUUGUACCCAGCUUUCCUUCCCUGAGUGGAAUGAUUCGCCUGGGAUUAUCGGGUGAGUUUUGUGGCUUAGUGAACAUCAGAACUGGAUCACCCAAGUCCCAACAGCUUCACCAGGGCAGACUUAACUGGAGAUGCCAGGAACUGAAAGCACAUGUUCUCCAAUCUAUCAAAUUCUCACAAUGGGGUGCUGGUUUUUUUCUCACCAAUCGCUGGGUAUCCCUGCAUCUUGCUCCCACUGCGGUGGAGCUGGGUGCCAAGCGACACACCUGCUGGGAAGAGCUAGGGGACCACAUCUGCCUCCCACCCAGGCGCCCUCCCAUGCGGCCGGCCAAGCCAACAGGGAAUUUGCACUCUAAAUAGGGAAGUGGUUGCCAAACAGGAGAGCUGGAACCCAUUCCUGGCUUAGGGCAAGAGGGUUGCCAUGAUGCCAGCGCCUGAAAAUGCUCCCUUCUCUCUUCUGGACAUUGCUUUUGCAUCCGAUCCUGGGGGCUCCCCCCCUUGUGGUCACAGCAAUCUUACAACUUUGAGGUGUUACCUGUUAUUUUUAAGAUUGAGUGAAGCAGAAUAUAGCCUCGUGUCAAACGAAUAAACUAAGCCGAGCUGCUUCAGGCAUAAUUUAGCCACUUUCAAUAACCAACACUUGUGUAACAAGGAUCCUGUAUGGUGUAGUGGUUAGAGUGCUACUCAAGGGACUAAGAAGACUCGCAUUUAAAACUCACUCCGGCUGGCUUUGGCCACCCGCUUUCUGACUUCAGCCUACCUCACAGGGCUGUUAAGGAUAAAAACAAGGAAAAAGAGGGACAUGUUACAUUGCCUUGAGCUCCUUAGAGGAAAAGUGGGACUCCAGCACAUCAGGUACAGUCAAUAUUCACUUUCUGCACAGAAAAGCCAUGCUGGACCACACCAUAGGUCUGUAUUAGUAUGGCAUCUUACAUCCCAAAUGGAUAAUAAUAAUAACAACACUAUAUGACACAAUCUUUGUUCCUGGAUUAUCGAUGUCCUUUCUUAAUUGGCUCUAUCAUAAAAAUAUGGAAAAAGUUUAUUACACUGCAAAAGCCACCAAAUGAAUUUACGGCAGAGGCGGACAGUGGCCGGAACUAACAAAUUAAAAUCAAUUAAGCUCUGGAUUAUGCUGGGAACUUGCCAACAAUAAAGGGGCUGCUUGAUGGAAUUUAUCUUUAACCAAAACCGAUUCCUUUAGGAUGAAGAUCCAUCAGUAACUUAAUUCUGGCAUAAUAAUAAUAAUAAUAAUAAUAAUAAUAAUAAUAAUAAUAAUAAUAAUAAUAAUAAUAAUAAUUGUUACUCCCUCUCUUCACAGCUCAAGAUGAGGUAAUAAUUACGUUAUUAAUUGUGCUUUUAAAAAUUAAAUGAACUCACAGUGGUAGGGAGGCAACAGAUCUAACUGCACAUUAAUAAUAAUAAUAAUAAUAAUAAUCAUCAUCAUCAUCAUAAGAAUGGGAUCCUAUUUGCCCUUUCUUGCCUUUUCUGCUACACAUAGUAUCCCUCGACUCCAGAAAACUUGCAUUUUGCAGCCCUUCCCUUGGACCUGUUGUGGGAUCUACCUGGAAAUUCCUACCUAAAGAAAUGGGGAGGGGGAAAUGGAGCCAACACUUGGGAAAGCGUGGCUGGGACCUGGGGAUUUCCUGGAACUCUUUACUUCGCACCGGAACUCAAAACAGACUUGCAUUAGUAGAAGGCAGUCUCUCACCUCCAUUAGCUCCCACAGCCCCAAUUUUGGCUUCAUCAAAAGGGGUCUAGUGACAUAGUCCCACUCUCUUUCUGAGUGAUCAAACUGUACCUGGAAUAAUAACCUUGUGUCCCAUUCUGGGCAAAGCAAUUCAAAACGGAUAUUGAUCAAUCUCCUCUGCGUUUUCUUUUUUAAUGGCUGGAUGGGCAUCUGUCGGGAGUGCUUGGAUUGUGUAUCCCUGCCUGGCACAAAGGGGUUGGACUGGGUGGCCCUUCUAACUCUAAUGGAAUUAUAGACUGCCUGGGGUUUUGGGACGGGGCUGGAUGAGCAUCUGUUAGGAGUGCUUGGAUUGUGUAUCCCUGCCUGGCAGAAUGGGGUUGGACUCUGCAUGGCCUUUAGAAUCAUAGAAUAUUAGAGUUGGAAGAGACCUCGUGGGCCAUUCAGUCCAACCCCAAGAAGCAGGAAAAUCACCUUUAAAGCACCCCCAACAGAUGGCCAUCCCGUUUCUGUUUGAAAGCCUCCACCACACUCUGGGGCAGAGUUCCAGUCCUGAACAGCUCUCUCUCUCAGUGAGGAAGUUCUUCCUCAUGUUCAGGUGGAAUCUCCUUUCUUUCCUGUAGUUUGAAGCCAUUGCUCCAUUGCGUCCUAGUCUCCAGGGCAGGGUUUGUUCUCCAGACCCUUGAUCAUUUGAGUCGCCCUUCCUCUGGACACGUUCCAGCUUGUCAACAUCUCUCUUCAACUCUAAUUAAAUUAUGGACUGCCUGAAAGUCCAGAGGAGUCUCCUUCCUUGGAGAUUUUGAAGCAGAGGCUGGAUAGCCAUCUGCCAGGAGUGCUUUUCUUGUGGCAGAAAGGGGUUGGACUGAGUGGCCCUUGAGGGGUCCCUUUCAACGAGUGGAACACACUGUCUCAGAGGAGCGGGUUUGGAAACAAGAAGCUGGAUGGCCAUCUGUCAGGAAGGCUUGGGUUAGGGUUAGUGCUUUCCCCUGAUGCGGGUUGCCAGGCAGGGCUUUCUGGCCCAUUCCUGGCUUCUGAGGCUAAGAGAGAGAGUCAACUUGAGGCGAGACCUUCAUAUCUGCCUCCAGGCACAAAAAGGCGGGAAAGUGAUUGAUGUCAGGCGUCUGGGCAAACUUCUUGUUGCCCUGAGAUGUUUUGGACUCCAACUCCCACAAUGCUUCACAGCGACUGAGGGGGAAAAGGAAAGGCCCUGAGGCUGUGAAGCAUUGUGGGAGUUGGAGUCCAAAACACCUCAGGGCAACCAGAAGUUUGCCCAGACGCCUGGUCCAGCCUGUCCGGCUGAGGGCCCAACUCCCCUCCCGGGGCUCGCUUCUCACCUGCCACCUCGUGGGCCUUAGAUGCUCCGGCGGCGGCUGAACCAGGCCCAGGCCAGGAGCAGCACGAUGGAGGUGGCCAGGCCGGUGCCCGCCGAGGCCCACCGCUGCCUCCGCCGCUGGCACUCCGCCUCCAAGCGCCGGCCUUGGACGCGCGCCUGCAGCUCGUCGCCGAUGGCCUUCAGCCGCGCCGCCGUCACGGCCAGAGCGCGGCCCCUCGCGCUGCCCACCCUGAAGUAGGUGCAGCAGGGCUGCGCGCACGGGCACAUGGCCGGACGAGCAGCGGGACAGCGCGCGGGGCAAGGAGGGAGAGCAGCGGGGCAGCACCUGUCUCUCAUGCCCGCCUUCGAGUGGCGCCGAGCGGGACGCGCUCCCGAACAUAAGCAGAGCGAACAGGAGCAGGCCCCGCCCCCGGCCAGGAGGAGGAGGAGGAGCCCCAGAGAGAGCAACAGAGCGGCCUUAACCCCUUCGGGCCCGCAGCCCCCGAGACAGGCACAGGAGUAGAGAGAGCCCUCGACAGGUAGACAAGCAGAUAGGACGCUUAGGCAGGUAGGUCUCCAUUGCUAAGCCUAAGAGCCGGCGCUGUCCCUAGACACCUCCAAGGUCAUGUGGCCAUUGGCAUCACUGCAUGGAACGCCCUUCUCUUCAUGCCCGAGCGAUACCUAUUCAUCUAUUAUUUAUUUAUUUAUUUAUUUAUUAUUUAUUUGCGACAUUUAUAUCCCACCCUUCUCACCCCGAAGGGGACUCAGGGCAGUUUACAAGUAUAUAUACAUACAAUAUAUUAUAUUAUACAACUAUAUUGCAAUAUUAUUAGUAAUCUACUCACAUUUGAGUGUUUUUGAACUUUUUUGUGUGUGUUAGGAGCAACUUGAGAAACUGCAAGUCGCUUCUGGUGUGAGAGCAUUGGCCGUCUGCAAGGACGUUGCCCCAAGGGAUGUUGCCCGGACGUUUUGAUGUUUUUACCAUCCCUGUGGGAGGCUUCUCUCAUGUCCACACAUGGAGCUGGAGCUGAUAGAGGGAGCUCAUCCAGCUCUCCCCAGCAACCUUCAGUCAAGAUAUUGAACAGAACUGGGCCCAGGACCGAACCCUGCGGCAGUCCAUUAGUCACUUCUUUCCAGGAUGAAGAAGAGGAAGCAUUAAG